AGGAGUUACGAGCAUGAAUAGUGAAUCAUAAGCUUGUUCUUUUAAUUAGUGUUGCAUACUUAGAACCUGUUGAUGUCUUCAAAAGCCUCAAAGGACCAAAUGAAAUUGUGAUACAUCGAUUUCAGCCUAUGCAAACUUAUUUACAGGAAGAUGGUUAAAGCAUCAUUUAAAAGGAAAAGAAAGGAUUAUAACUACAACUGUUUCUUUCAGGUAGAAACUGAAAGCAAUCUUAAACAUACCAGGUGCAGAGCACAAUACAGUAGCCAUGAAUGACAUUGCACAGAAAACUGAGAUUCUGCUUUCUUCAUCUAAACCCAUCCAAAAAUCCUAUGUGCCCAAACUUCACAAGGGUGAUGUAAAGGAUAAAUUUGAAGCUAUGCAGAAAGCAAGGGAAGAAAGGAAUCAAAGGAGAUCUAGAGAUGAAAAGCAAAGAAGAAAAGAACAAUACGUUAGAGAGAGAGAAUGGAACAGGAGAAAGCAGGAGAUGAAAGAACUGCUUGGAUCUGAUGAAGAUGAUGACACAAAAUCAUCUAAAAUAGAAAAAGGUUAUGUUCCAAAACUAAUAGGAACUGUUAAAGGCAAGUUUGCAGAAAUGGAGAAGCAAAGGCAAGAAGAAGAAAGAAAAAGAAUGGAAGAAGAAAGAAAGCGCAGAAUUGAACAAGAUAUGAUUGAGAAAAGAAAAAUUCAAAGAGAAUUAGCAAAAAAAGCACAGGAGAUUGAUGACUUUAACAAUACGGGAACUGAAUCAGCAGCUGAGGAAGGGGAUGAUUCACUGCUAGUUACAGUAGUGCCCGUAAAACCCACCAAAACACCUGGGAAGAUGAAAAUAAACUUUGAGAACACAGAAAGAGAGAGAGCAGAACAACGAGAGAGACAUGAUGAAAAACUGAAGCUAAAAUAUGAGGAACAAAACCAAUCCCUUAAGGAAACCAAGUGCCUUUCGUUUGUCAUGGGUGAAAAUGAAGACAAUGAACAAGAGCCACUGUCUCCGGGUAAGCUGAAAGUAACAUUUGAAGAACUUGAAAGACAAAGACAGGAAAAUCAAAGGCGGCAAACAGAGGAGGAAGCAAGACAGCGUUUAGAAGAGGAGAGACGUGCCUUUGAAGAAGCUAGACAGCAAAUGAUAAAUGAAGGUGGCGACGAAGAAUCUGAAAAUUCUGUUAAAGAAUUCCGUCCUGGUAAACUCAGACUCAGUUUUGAGGAAAUAGAAAGACACAGGAGAGAAGAGGAAAAGAAGAAAGCAGAAGAAGAUGCAAGACGACGCAUAGAAGAGGAAAAAAGAGCGUUUGCUGAAGCAAGGAAGAACAUGGUGCUGGAUGAUGAAUCACCAGAAAUGUUUAAAACAGUUUCUCAAGAAUCCCUCAUACCUGGUAAACUGGAAAUAAAUUUUGAGGAGUUGCUGAGACAAAAAAUGGAAGAAGAAAAGAGACGCACAGAAGAAGAACGUAGGCAAAAGUUGGAAAUGGAAAAACAAGAGUUUCAACAGUUAAGACAAGAAAUGGGAGAGCUGGAAGAAGAGUCUGAAACUUUUGAGCUAAGCAAAGAAUAUGAAGAAUUAAUAAAGCUAAAAAGAAGUGGUUCUAUUCAGGCAAAGAACUUAAAAAGCAAGUUUGAAAAAAUAGGACAACUGUCUCAAGAAGAAAUACAGAAGAAGAUUGAAGAAGAGCGAGCUAAGAGAAGAGCAAUGGAUGAAGAAAUAAGAGAAAGAGAAGCUGAAAAAUUUCAAGAGGAUGAGGAGGUAGAUGUGAGACCAGCCAAGAAAUCCGAGGCUCCAUUUACUCAUAAAGUAAACAUGAAAGCCCGUUUUGAGCAAAUGGCAAGAGCCAGGGAAGAAGAGGAGCAGAGGAGAAUUGAAGAACAGAAACUACUACGCAUGCAGUUUGAACAAAAGGAAAUUGAUGCUGCAUUACAGAAGAAAAGGGAAGAGGAAGAAGAAGAAGAGGGAAGUAUUAUUAAUGGUUCUACUUGCGAAGAUGAGGAGGAUCAAGCUCGAUCUGGAGCUCCCUGGUUUAAGAAGUCACUGAAAAACACAUCUGUUGUUGAUGGCGAGCCAGUGAGAUUUACAGUUAAAAUUACUGGAGAACCAAAACCUGAAGUUACAUGGUGGUUUGAGGGGGAAAUGUUGCAGGACUCUGAGGACUAUCAAUACAUUGAAAGAGGAGAAACCUAUUGCCUUUACUUGCCAGAAACCUUCCCAGAAGAUGAAGGGGAAUAUAUGUGUAAAGCAGUCAACAACAGAGGCACAUCUGCUAGCACCUGUAUUCUCACCAUUGAAAGUAAGAGUUAGCAUUUUAGUUUGCUUAAUUCUCAAAUAUUCUUCUUGCAUCUUUCCUAUUAUAAAAAUCUAAUUAUCUGUUUCUCUUAACCCUUUUAUUUUCUAGCUGAUGACUACUAAUGCUCUACUUUAGCUGGAAUCUUUCUUCCCCUCAAAACUUUCUUACUGCAUCAUCUCUUUCUCUGAUGGGGCCAACUAAAGAAAGCAAGGAUAUGCAUUGAUUUGUCAUUCCUGCAUCAGAUAAGAAUAACCUUCAAAUUGUGGGUGUACAGGUUUCUUGCUCAAUACAAAAAUUGGUAUUGAAGGCUAAAAAGAAGGAAUCAAUGUAUGAAAGAUCAACUAAAGGAAAAAGCUGAAUUAUAAUAAUGAAUUAUAAUAAUGUUCCCACAUCUGAAGACCAACAGUUGUGUAACCCUAUAAAGCUAAAUACACAAUCUGGAAACUGGUGUAGUAGUAUAAAUCUAUUGGUAUAUUUUGCAUGACCACUGAAUAUUUAAGCUGUUUUACUUUAUCUCAGAGGCAAUGAACUGGCAAAAGGAAAUACUUAUUGACAAUUUUCAAAAAUCCCAGUGUACUAUUUUAAAAGAAUAAAAGAUUACGUAACUGCUCACUUUUGUUGUUUUGUUUCAAAGAGCUUUAGUUCUUUUCUUUUAAAAUGGGCUUGCCUUCAAACUGUUAUGCUUUUAUCAAUCUAUGCAGUUGAUAAUCCAGAAGUAAAAACAACCUCAGCAAGGCUUGUAGUAGUAUUUUAUAGUACAAACAUUUGCUUGUAAAACUUAUAAAUUUUUCACUGCUUAAAUGAUACGGGAACACUUGGUGACAAAAUAUGAGCCUAUCACAGCUAAGUAGGUAGGAAGCAAGAAAAAUAUUUUCAGAAAGUGCCUGACUUCUCAAUCUCUGUUCUCUCUUAAUGCAAUAAAUUUACUGCUGCAUCUCUGAA